GAGCAGGGCAAUCAGAAGUGAGGUAGAAAAUUUAGCUUACUUUCUGUGGAGUACACAUUUAACGUGAGAUAAAAAGGGGGUCGAAUUGCUGUUCUUUUUUUACUUUAAUUCAACAUGAAGCUCCUUUCGGGCGGCAUUAUUAGUCUAUUACUCUUCCUUACAUCCAUUGCAGCCGAUGAUGUCGAAUAUGCUGUGGUUGCAUUCCCUCGCGAUAGUCAAACUGUUGCUGUCACAGUAAACAAUCAAAAUUAUCCACUCCAGAACAGUCCUGAAUACCCAAAUAUCUUUAAAGGCAAAGCGCCCUUGGGCCCUGACUAUCGAUACGCUCUUGUUUCCGGCAACAAGACAACGCCCGAGUUUGCUGUACGUACGUUGGCCAAUAAUUCUGUAUCGACCGGAAAUGAAUUCUUUAAUCGCUCACGUACGGUCUAUGAUGUCCCCGCUCUCCCUAGAGCGUACAAUCCAAUUUAUACGCCUUUCGUGAGCAACAUGAGCCGAUACAAUGAAGUGACGACACUCAUCUUGAACGUGGACAAGUCCGGAUUUGACAAAAUUCUAAAGACUCCCAAGGCGAGUCACAAGUUCGUCCAAGUAUACAAUAUGACGUACGUCGCUAGCAACGAAGUUUUUACGUUCCAAGGAGCAGGUAUCAAGAACGCUGGUCAAUCUUCAAAGGACUAUGCCAAGCAGUCACUCAAGAUCAAGUUCAACAAGUUUAAUAACGGUACCAAGGAUUAUCUCUACAAUCGCCAUGCACUCAAGCUACGUGCUGAAGCGAACGAACCCACAAUGGUAAGAGAGAAACUCAUGCUAGAUUCCUUGGCUGCUGCUGGCGCAGCAGCUCCAGGCAGCAACUGGGUUCGUCUGUAUGUGAACGAGGAGCCCUAUGGACUGUUCCUGAUGACCGAUGACACCUUUGACGGCUUUAUUGACAAUUACCUUCAUGGUGGCAUUCAUGUAAACACGACAGGCGCAACAUACAAAGGUAACUCAAUGGACGAAACCCACGGUGCAGAUUUAGUCUACAAGGGACCCUCCGCCGCAGAUUAUGAUACAGACGAUCUUUACAUGCUUGAAGAAAAGGGUAAUGCGAAUGUGACCAAGGAAGACUUUAUGGGCCCCUUGAUUGAUUUCAUGAGAAAGUUGGACCAAACGGCAAUCGGUACCGACGCUCAACAUCCUGGCAACAUCACCGACUUGAUUGAUAACGCCAAUCAAACCAUGAUACAGGCCGCGCUCAAUUUCCUUUCUGGCUCCUGGGACGGAUUCUGGUAUCAAGCAAGUAACUUUUACCUCACCCAAGACUUGGGCUCCAAAAAAUGGACUCUAACAACCUUUGAUUUUGAUGAAACAUUUGGUAAUGGUCUUGAAGAGCCUCAGCUGAUCUCAGUACCUUAUGAAAACUAUACUCGAUCUGGUAACAAGCGUCCGCUCGUGGAUGUCUUCAUCAAAUCUCCUUAUUAUAAUGCUCAGUUCCAAGAUAUUCUCAAGACCAUCAUCAAACGUUUCUUUAAUCCUCGUGUCAUCAAGCCUCGUUUGGACGGCUGGGCUACCAUGCUCAAGGAAGAUAUCGCCUGGGACUUUAGUUUACCUGAACGUUCACCAGGCGAGAAGUUCAAGUACACAGUAGAGACGUUCAACAAGAAUCUCUACUCAACCGUCGAUGGUACCAUCGGUGUUCUCGAAUGGGUCUCGAACCGCACAGCGGCUGUCUGUCAGCAGCUCAAUUUCAAUGACUCUGAUGAUUUACCUCCUUUACCUCCAUAUAACGUCAACCUUCCUCCUGUAUAAUACAUAGAUUGUGAUCAUAGAGGUUUCUUUUUUUUAUUAUUAAAAAAUAUUUACAAAUGUUUAAAACAUGCCCAUGGUAUCAAAUCCUGGUGGCAAUUGUUGACCCACGAGUGCUGCCAAUUGUGCCUUUUCAGUCUGAAGACGUUGUUGUUCCUUACGAUAAGCGGCCUGAGCUGCUUGUUCUGCAGAGACUCUUGCUUGCUCUUCAGCUAAUUUCUGUCGUUGAUCAGACAUGACUUGUCUGCCAAUCAGUAUUUUCAUAGACAGUGUUUCGUCACUCUAUGU